AUGAUUAAAACCCCAUCCAUAGCUUCUUCGGUUCAGUCCCCACCAUUAUUUACCAGAAUCCUAAAAAGUCUAUUUAUCUCGCCAAAUAAUAAUGAGAUUAAAAAUAAUAUAAACCAACAUAAAUAUAAGUUAUAUUUAGUCGAAAAAAAUCAUCCCAAUGCAAAGAAUUUAGUAUUAUGCAGAUUCAUUUGUGCGGUAUUUGAUCGACUACUCAAGAGCAAUGACAUUACCUGUAAUGAGGGGAUUAAAUUGGGGGUUGAUGAUAUACUUGAUUUGUUACAAAAAGAGUCUAAAACCUACGAUAGCGAUGAACAAGAGGAAUUUGCUGUCUGGGAAGUUUUGAACUCCAGCUUGUUACAGCUUAGGCGUGAAUUAUGGAAAGAUGGAAAGUUCGUGUAA